AUGUCCCCUCCCCACACACACACCAUGGAGUACCGCCCGGGGCCACCGCUCCGUCACAUCCCAUCUUUGCACCUCUUUCUUUCUGUUGAUUAUUAUUUCACUCUCUUCUUUGCAAUCAAUAGUUUCUUGCGUUUGGAACACAGACUCUCAAUUUUUAUUUUGUCGUCAAUCCUCCUUCCCUUUUCUUCUUUUUUACAUCUUUUUUCGAUACCCUCUAUUUUUCUUUAUGUUCCUCCUUUUCUUUUUCCUUUUUUAAUUCUUCCUCUCUUUCAUUCACUUCUUAAUAUCUUCUCUUCAUUCUUUUUCUUCAUUUUUAAUGCCUUUUUUUCUUUUUCCUACUCUUUUUUUCACUUCUUAAUUUUCUUCUGUUCUUACUUCUCUUUCUUCUUUUUUCCUGUCUUUUUCCUUCUUUCAUUCAUUUUGUCAUUUCUUCUCUUAUUUAUCUUCUUUGUCCUCUCUUUUUUCUUCUCUUUCAUUCACUUCUUAAUAUCUUUUGUUCCUUCACUUUCUUCUUUUUUCCUGUCAGUUUUCUUCUCUUUCAUUCACUUCUUCAUUUCUUCUGUUCUUUCUCUUCUUUUUUCUUUCUUUUUCUCCUUUUUUCUUCGCUUUCAUUCACUUCUUAAUAUCUUCUGUUCAUUGUCUUUCUUCUUUUUUCUGUCUUUUUCAUUCACUUCUUCAUUUCUAUUCUUCUUUAUCUUUUUUCCGCUCUUUUCUCCUUUUUACCUUCACUUUCAUUCACUUCUUAAUAUCUUCUGUUCAUUCUCUUUCUUCUUUUAUCAUGUCUUUUUCUUCUCUUUCAUGUCACUUCUCUGUAAUUUAUUCUUUCUUUCAUUUCUUUUUUUUUUUUUUUGUUUACUUCUUUUUAUUCCGUUUCAUUCCCUUCUCAAUUUUUUCUGUUCUUACUUCUGUUUCUUUUCCUUUUCUUAUCUUCUUCUUUUCUUCUCUCUCAUUCUUUCCUCCCUUUUUUCUAAAAUUCUCGCCAUUUUCUAUAAUUCUUUUUUCUUCUUCUUCGUCUACCAUUAUCCCUCCCUCCCGCAUUUUUUGUCUUUGUUUAUUAAGUUUCAAAUUCGAAAUGCGACAGACAUGAAAUAA